CCGCUGGAACGACGUCGUCGAAACGAAUACAAAAAGUCCUUAACGGGUUAUCUAUUCUAUAUUAACAAUAAACUGUAGACGUAUUCGUCCUCGUUGAUUGACGCGUCGCUUUAUUACUGUUUCCGUUGAAAAAAAAAGUGAUACCUUGAAAUACAAUGCUAUCGAACGAUAUACAGAGCGAGUCGCGAGAAACAGAACUCCUGAAUAGGCUGCUAUCGAUGAUAGGAAGAAAUGGAUCGGGUGAUGCAUAGGUGAAAAUGCGUAGAUGAAAAUGCAUAGGUGAAGGCGUAAAAAAAUUGACCGCGAGGUAAAACUGAAAUCACCUCGUGGCUCCUUUUGAUCUACCCAAAACCUCGUCCAGCAGCUGGAGUAAAUAUGACCGAUCCGGAUCAACUACGUCCUGCACCUGUAUUAUUAUCAACGAUUAGAUAUUUGUUUACUAAAAUAGCUACAAGAACAGAUGUUGACUGGGUAGUAGUGUACGAUUUUAUCUUUGACCGUCUGAGAUCGGUGAGGCAAGAUGCUGGAAUUCAGAGAAUCGAUGUCCUUACAAGUAUACAAAUUUUUGAACCGAUAGUUCGAUUUCUUGUUUAUUCUGCCCAAAGAUUGUGUGAUCGAAGUAUCUCUGAAUUUAAUCCAAAAAUUAAUAAUCAACACCUAACCGAAUGCAUAACAUCUCUGCUUGUCUUAUACGACAAAAAGGAACAGAAUGACAAGCCAGAUUCUCUGGAUCUUGAUAGGUGUAUGCAAAAACUAAGCUUGAAUGAUAAUCGUCAAGAAAUGGAAGCAUUGUACAUUCUUUUAAAUAUGGGUAAUACCGAAACUUUAAAAAGAGCAUUGAGCUUGUCGUCUGAUUUAAGAAGAAACUCAAAUAUCCAACUCUCAAUGAAAAUAUCGUUCGCCUGGUAUUUAAAAAAUUACGUGCGUGUGUGCUCAUUGAUUCAACAACUCUCUCCCUUACUCAUUUGUGCAGCUAUGAUUAACAUACAAAUUAUAAGAAGAACAGCGUUAAAAAUCAUGAGCUCAGGAUAUAAUAGUAAAGUAUUUACAUUCCCAGGACUAAAAUUACAAACAGUUUUAUUGUAUAAAGAUAUAGAAAAGAUUCGAGCAGAUUGUGAACUGUUUGGUCUCGUGUUCACAGAUCAAAAUAUUUUAUUUCAAAAAGCAAAUUUUAAAGACGAAGUGCAAUUGUCAAAUCCCGAAAUGUAUUACUACACUUAUCAAUCUCUGCAUAAUUUUCUACCAGAUAUUCUUCUGAUGUCCAUGUAAUAUGCUUGCAACAAAAAUUAAAGAAUAAUACGGAAAGUAUCAUGUAUAGAUGAUAUAAAGUCAUAUUUAUUUCAAAAGUCGAUAAUGUAGAGUGCUCGAUAAUGCAGAUCGCUCGGUCGGUAAUGCAGAUUACUCGGUCGGUAAUGCUGAUUGCUCGGUCGGUAAUGUAGAUUACUCGGUCGGUAAUGCAGAUUUCUCGGUCGGUAAUGCAGAUUUCUCGG